CAAGGUGUCGAGAAAACACCCACGAAGUUGCUGAGAAUUCCUCUGUUUUGAAGGCAGUUGAACAUAGGGACAAUCCCCUGGGGGAAAGUGAGUCUUUGGCGUGGGCUUCCGCAGUGUUCAGAACACGACACUAUGUAGCCGCCAAACCCCCACGGCAAAUUGUUACUAUGUAGCCUAGCAUAUCAUCCCCGCGUAAAAACUCCUCCACACAUCAGGGAAAGAAUGGGCGAGUUCGUUUUGAAUCGGCCGGUGCCCCGGGUGAACCGAGUGUACGUAUUUUAGACGAUUCCGUUCGUCCUAAAGAGAGAUAAACCAUCCGGGGCAGCGGGCAAUGCAAAACGAACUCGCUCAAUACAUUUGCUGUGGCUGAAUGUCUAGUGACCGACUUCCGCCCCAUGUCUUCAGUUCUGCAUCAGCCGGCAAGCAGUUGAGCUACGACGCCAGGGGAGGUAGACGAACAGAUGUUGUCAAACGAAGGAAUGGAAACUUGGCAUGAACUUUGAAUAGGAAAAGAGAGUAAACGUCGUCGUGGGCAGCUGUCGUAUGUGGACGCGGUGGUGAAACUGGAGGGACAAGGAGAAGCUGAUGAAUACGUUUCAUUUGAGGAGGCGGACCCCUCACUGCGUCUUCGAUAUGCUGAAAGCAGGCCCGGUGUGUUCAUACUGUAUGUGGAAGUACAGAUAGGUUACUAUUUUGUCUUUAUUCAAUCAUGAGGAUCGGAUACAUUGUCCUUUAAACCGCGUUGAACACACCGCGUAUUAUUUCCUGGCAGCGAGCUAGAGCCAAUUCAUUUGGUCGUGUGUUUUUUCAGAUAGAAGAUACCAUCCUUCUACUCAUUUGCACUUUUUUCUUUGGAAGUUGACUUUAAAGUAGAGUGUGCUACCGGUUUGUCUCAUAGAGCUAGUUUGAAAUCGUUCUAUAAGAUCUGAGUAACGCAUGAGGGGAGUCGCUUGAGGUCUAGCCUACUUCAUGCCACGCACUGGAGCAGGCCUAUCAUUUUUGGAUGGACUUUUGAAGUAUUAUGGCCUAAUUUUUGACGUUGCGAACUCUUGAAUUAGAUAUUUUUUUGUAGAUAGGCUAUUCAAUGUCAUUAUCUAUAGCCUAUAGAUGCAAAUAGUGGAGCAUUUCUAAACACCAACAGCUCCUAGUCUAUUUCGCUGUUAUCUAUUCAUAUGUGGUAUUUAUCUAAACACAGCGGGUUUUUUAAAGGUGAUGCAUUUUAUCUAACUGUCGUCUGACGUUUAAUUCUUGUGGCUCGACAUAUUCGAAUAUUUAUACCCCAAACGCAAUUCUCCAGGUAGUCUUUACACCCGGCGGAAUCCUUGGAGAAAGCGUUACAUUUCGGAAUAGACAUUAUUUUUGUAUUUAUUCUCUCUUCACACGGAAAAUAAUUAGUGGCUUCCCCCACGAUGAGUUACUUCUACCAAGCAGUGCUUCUAUUGCUACGUGGACUCGUCAUCUCUGCGGUACUGGGAUUGGAAAGCAGUUACUCAACCGAUCUGUCGACCCGUGCUUCUAAUGCCGCAAUUGUAGCCACUACAGACCCCUGUCUGACAGUGAUGCCUCCAUGCAUGGGUGCCGCAGACCGGUUCAGCCUGGAGGCCCUCCGGGUCAUUCACAAACAGCUGGAUGAUGACAAUGACGGGGGAAUCGAGGUCAACGAGAGUGUAGAGUUUAUUAGAGAAGAUAUGAAGCAACAACAAACUAACAAACACAGUAACCUUCACAGGGAAGACCAACACAUCACUGUGGAAGAGCUGUGGAAGGGCUGGAAAACCUCAGAAGUUCAUAACUGGACGACGGAGGACACAGUCCAGUGGCUGAAGGAAUCUGUGGAGCUGCCUCAGUACGAGACGAGCUUCAGAGACUUCCGGAUCAAUGGAAACACUCUGCCUCGGUUGGCGGCGAACGAACCGUCGUUUAUGUCUGGUCAGCUGAAGAUAUUAGACCAGCGGCACAAACAGAAACUCAAUCUCAAAGCACUAGAUGCUGUGCUCUUCGGCCCUCCCUCACGUCCGCAACACAACUGGUUGAAGGACUUUGUGUUGAUGGUAUCUAUAGUGAUUGGGGUGGGGGGCUGCUGGUUCGCUUAUAUCCAGAACAAGUCUUCCCGGGUCCACAUGGGUCAGAUGAUGAAGGACUUGGAGAGCCUGCAGAGUGCUGAGCAGAGCCUCAUGGACCUACAGGGACGGUUGGAGAAGGCCCAGGAGGAGAACCGCACAGUGGCGGUGGAGAAGCAGAACCUGGAGCAGAAGAUGAGAGACGAGAUCAGCGGGGCCAAGAAGGAGUCGUACCGUCUCCGCGAACUCCGCCAGGGGGCCGAGUGUGAGCUCAGCCGCCUCAAAUAUGCAGAGGAGGAGCUGGUGCAGGUUCGUAUGGCCCUGAAGCGAGCAGAGAAGGAGAUGCAGACGGAGUGGUCGGUGCCCGACGCCCUACAGAUGUGGCUACAACUCACCCACGAGGUGGAGGUCCAAUACUACAACAUCAAGAAACACAGUGCGGAGCUACAGCUCACGGUCGCUAAGGAAGAGGCAGAGAAAAUCAAGAGGAAGAGGAGUAGUGUGUUUGGGACCCUUCACGUCGCUCACAGCUCGUCACUGGACGAGGUGGACCACAAGAUCCUAGAGGCCAAGAAGUCCCUGUCGGAGGUGACGGCCUGCCUGAGGGAGCGCCUCCACCGCUGGCAGCAGAUGGAGAAGCUGUGCGGCUUCCCCCUGGUGCACAACGCUGGGCUGCCCAGCCUGACUGCCACCCUGUACUCAGACCACAGCUGGGUGGUCAUGCCCCGCGUCUCCGUGCCCCCCUAUCCCAUCGCCGGUGGGGUGGACGACCUCGACGAGGACACUCCUCCAAUCAUUCCACAGUUAACCUCAGCCUCUAUGAUGCGGCCCCCUUUAACACGCAAUAGCAGCCUGUGCCGUUCCCGCCGGAGCCUCUACAGCACUUCAAUGACGUCAGCCGACCCCGACCUGCUCUCCAUGACCAGCUCAGCCCUCUCCUAUCAUCCCGAGGGGGAAGAGGGAUACAUCUUCUUCAUGGAGAGAAAGGGGGAUACUCAGGACACGUGUUCAGACACAGACUCUCUCAACUCCUCCAUGGGGCGUAAACAGUCCUACACCAACCCCUGCACACCGGGCCCAGAGACCCCCUUCCGCAAGAUCUCCCGUGAGGAGCUGAUGAUGCUGAGCCAGCAGGAGCCUCAGUCUUAUGUCCGGGACUCACCACCUCCUCAAGGGGGAUCCUCGGCCCCCUCCCCAGCCCUGGAGCACCACAGACACAAACACAAGGGUUCGCCCGACCUCACCCGUGGAUCUAUCCCAGAGUCCCACAGCAUGUCCUUCGCCACUUCGUCGGCAGGCAACAAGGCCAUGUACAAUGGUAUCCUGGAGAAGUCCUAUAGCAUGGGCCAGCUGCACGCGAGCAUGACAGGGGCAGGCGGGGUGGCGGUCGGGCGCUACCCGUCCCUCACCUCAAUGGACAAUGAGGGCAGGGGGGCGGGGGCCAAGGAGCAGAAGCAACCGAGUACCUCCUCCCAGGACUCCAGUGGCAACGGAGACAAGCCCAAGAGGUCCUCGUCCAAAAUCAAGAGCUUGUUCAAGAAGAAAAAAUAGUCCUACACACAGAGAGAGAGAGAUUCUAGCCUUAAAAAAAUGGCCGUCAUCAAAGGAAGCCAAAACAUUAUUUUUGUUCCUUUUCUUUCUUCCAAGAUGGAUUGUAUCUCUGGCUGAAUCCCUCAUACCUCUUCCAGAUCGGAAGCCUUAUUUUUCAAUAAUGCCUUUUUUUUCACUCAUAGGGUGCUGCUGAUGCAUACCAGAUCUUACAACACCUGGAUAGGUAUUUUACUUAUCAGCGAACCACAUCAUAUGUUGUAGCAAUCUGUCAGUCGAUGAUGUGGCGCGCAAACAUUGGUUGAUGCAUGCAACGUAUGAGUAGGGUAACGCGACCAUAGCCUCACAUUUAAGCCUUCAAAGGUUACAGAAAAGUCAAAAGGUCAAGGGUCGUGCCAGCUGCCGUCGCCCAGGCAAUCGUGAAGAGCAUUAGCCUGGUCACAUCUCUUGUCUUCUCUUGUUCUUUUUGAGUUAAAGAACCAAAAAAUAAAUAACACUUGUUCUAUCUGGAAACUGAGGGGGUUUACAUGGUGGGCUUGUUAGCUUGACAUCACUUCCUGUCUGACAGAGGCUCCUGAGCUCUGGACUCAUUUUCUUUGAGAAGUAAAAAUCCUGCUGAGUUUGUUGCACUACUGCCUUCCUGUUUUCUGGGAAAGGACCGCCGCUGCGUGCGGAGUAAAUAUUGAUGUGUAGAAGAGAAUGAUGUAUGGAUAGAGGCCUUGGGGAGAUGCAACAUGUGGUAGACUAUUGCAGCCAGAACCAGUUGGUGCGUUUUCCAAUGUCUCUCGUUAUGGAUUGUUCUAUAUAUAUAUAUAUAUAUAUAUACACACACACACACACACACAGUGAGGUUUGAAAUUAUUGACAACCUUGAUAAAGAUGAGCAAUAAUAACUGUAUAAAAAAAUUAUUCAAAUAAUGAGCUAUAUUCUAUUCUAAAAACAAUUCUACUAUACUGAACAAAAUAUAAACAACCAUUUCUAUGAUUUUACUGGGUUACAGUUAAGGAAUUCAGUCAAUUAAAAUAAAUGCAUUAGGCCCUCUUCUAGGCCCUAAUUUCACAUGACUGGGAAAUACAGAAAUGAAGCUGCUGGUCACAAAUACCUUCUUUUUUUAAAGUAGGGGUGUGGAUCAGAAAACCAGUCAGUAUCGGGUAUGACCACCAUUUUCCUCAUGCAUCGUGUCACAUCUCCUUCACGUCGUGUUGAUCAGGCUGUUGAUUGUGGCCUGUGGAAUGUUGUCCCACUCCUCUUCAAUGACUGUGCGGAGUUACUGGAUAUUGACGGGAACUGAAACACAUUAUCAAACAUGUCGAUCCAGAGCAUCCCAAACAUGCUCAAUGGGAGACAUGUCUGGUGAGUGUGCAGGACAUGGAAGAACUGGGACAUUUUCAGCUUCCAGGAAUUGUGUACGAUAAAAUGCAAUUGUGUUCGUUGUCUGUAGCUUAUGCCUGCCCUUACCAUAACAUACCUCCAUCAUUGGGCACUCUGUUCACAUCGUUGUUAUCAGCAAACCGCUUGUCCACACGACUCCAUACCCGUGGCCUGCUGUUGUGAGGCCGGUUGGACGUACUGCCAAAUUCUUUAAAACGAUGCUUACAGUAGAGAAAUAAUGUCAUGUUUUAUCUGUCAACAGCUCUGGUGGACAUCCCUGCAGUCAGCAUGUCAAUUGAAUGUGCCCUCAAAAUUUGAGACAUCUGUGGCUUUGUGUUGUGACAAAGAAACUGCACAUUUUAGAGUGGCCUUUUAUUGUCCCCGGCACAAGGUGCACCUGUGUAAUGAUCCUGCUGUUUAAUCAGCUUCUUGAUAUGCCACGCCUGGUAGGUGGACGGCUUAUCUUGACAAAUGAGAAAUGCUCACUAACAGGGAUGUAAACACAUUUGUGCCCAAAAUCUGAGAGACAUAAGCCUUUUUGUGCGUAUGGAACAUUUCUGGGGUCUUUUAUUUCAGCUCAUGUUGCGUUUAUAUUUUCUGUUCAGGAUAAUACAAUUGCUCAGAGAAAGAGAUUUUGUUUAACAACUUAUUCAUUUUUUAAAUUUAAUUGCUGACACCCCUAAAGUUUCUUAUAAAUAAAUAGUCAAAAGUGUAGUAUUUGGUCCCAUAUUCCCAGCACGCAAUAACUACAUCAAACUAUAUAAUAAUAAUAAUAUUCCUGCCACCUAAUAACUACAUCAAAAUUGUGACUCUACAAACUUGUUGGAUACAUUUGCAGUUUAUUUGGUUGUUUCACACUCUUUUUUUUUUGUCGUUGUUGUUUUUCCCAGGAAAAAUGAACGGUGAUUAAUGGAUUCUGUCAUUUUGGAGUCACUUCUCUUAUAAAAGAAGAAUAUAAUCGUUUCUUAACUUCUAUUGAGUUUUGGUUCUGAAACCUAAUGAGUCGAAGACAAACUCCUCCCUACACAUCCUCAAUGUAAAGCGACUAUCAAAACGCUUUCAUUCUAUGGCGUAAUUCGUUUGAAGCCUCUUUGAGUGACAAAUAGUGGAGAAAAAAGUCUUAAGUAAUUCACUGAAGACAGCAUUGUUAUAGAAUGUUUCUAAACAUUUCUUCAUUCAUGUGGAUGCACAAUUCAUUCAGGAUUUUCCAUAAUCACGGUGCCAAGUAUUUAGAAACAUAUUCUAUUUUAGCAAUGAGGCCUGGGAGGGGUGUGGUAUGUGGCCAAUAUACCACGGCUAAGGGCUGUUCCUCAGCACGACACAACGCAGAGUGCCUGGAUACAGCCCUUAGCCGUGGUAUAAUGGCCAUAUACCACAAAUCCCUGAAGUGCCUUAUUGCUGUUAUAAACUGGGUACCAGCAUAAUUAGAACAGUAAAAAUACAUGUUUUGUCAUACAUGUGGUAUACGGCUGUCAGCCAAUCAGCAUUCAGGGCUCGACCCACCUAGUUUAUAAUCUUAUUCAUAAUCAAAGUGACUCCAAAAUGACACACUACAUUAUUUACCAAUCAUUUCUACUGGGCACAAAAUAAUCUGAAACGGUACCCAAAUAAACUGCAAAUGCAUCCAACAAGUUUGUAGAGUCACAACCUUGAUGCAGUCAUUAGGUGGCAGGAAUAUGCAACCAAAUACAACAAUGUUGACUCAUUUAUUUUUUAUGAAUAUUUAGGGGUGCCAAUAAUUUUGACCCUUACCUUUUUUGAGGGGAAAAAAGAAUGACUUGUUAAACAAAAUCUACUGAGCAAUUUGAAUUCUUAUAAAACAUAUCAUUUUCCUUUUAUUUAUUUGUAAAAAUGUUUUUACGAUAUAGCUCAGUGUUUGAAUUAUUUAUAGUAUACAAUCAUUAUUGUUCAUCUUUAUUGAGGAGGUCAAUAAUGUUUAGACACUUUGUUUUGCCAUUAUUAAGUUCUUGUAGAUGGUUUGUAGACAAUGUGAUUUCUAUUGGUGGGGGUUCACAAGGACUGACUGGUUUUCACUGAAGAGAGCUAAAUAAUAUCCAGAUUUGACCUGUACUCUUGUUACUUGUCGUUGUAAACUUUCCUAAGCUUUUCCCGAAUAUUUUCCCGUUAAUUUCACCUGUUUUACCUCUCAACUUCCUUUUCCGUCAUUUACAUAUGCUAUGAUAGGGACUGGUCACUAGCAACGUAAAUAGCAGGAGACAAGCUAAACCGAAGAGUAAAGUUAAUUGUUGAUAUUUUACAAUAUGCAUUUGUAAGAUCAGAAGUCUGCAGACAGAUUAGCUUUCAUAGCACAUCCCUACAUUCUUACACCUACAGUCACCCUCUUACACCUACCGUCACUCAUCUUCCCAUUUACCCUGUCUGUCCAUCAAAUCCCUGCCUCACCCCCUGUCCCCUCUAAACCUCCCUGUCUGUCCAUCAAAUCCCUGCCUCACCCCCUGUCCCCUCUAAACCUCCCUGUCUGUCCAUCAAAUCCCUGCCUCACCCCCUGUCCCCUCUAAACCUCCCUGUCUGUCCAUCAAAUCCCUGCCUCACCCCCUGUCCCCUCUAAACCUCCCUGUCUGUCCAUCAAAUCCCUGCCUCACCCCCUGCUGUCCCCUCUAAACCUCCCUGUCUGUCCAUCAAAUCCCUGCCUCACCCCCUGCUGUCCCCUCUAAACCUCCCUGUCUGUCCAUCAAAUCCCUGCCUCACCCCCUGUCCCCUCUAAACCUCCCUGUCUGUCCAUCAAAUCCCUGCCUCACCCCCUGUCCCCUCUAAACCUCCCUGUCUGUCCAUCAAAUCCCUGCCUCACCCCCUGUCCCCUCUAAACCUCCCUGUCUGUCCAUCAAAUCCCUGCCUCACCCCCUGUCCCCUCUAAACCUCCCUGUCUGUCUAUCAAAUCCCUGCCUCACCCCCUGUCCCCUCUAAACCUCCCUGUCUGUCUAUCAAAUCCCUGCCUCACCCCCUGCUGUCCCCUCUAAACCUCCCUGUCUGUCCAUCAAAUCCCUGCCUCACCCCCUGCUGUCCCCUCUAAACCUCCCUGUCUGUCCAUCAAAUCCCUGCCUCACCCCCUGUCCCCUCUAAACCUCCCUGUCUGUCCAUCAAAUCCCUGCCUCACCCCCUGUCCCCUCUAAACCUCCCUGUCUGUCUAUCAAAUCCCUGCCUCACCCCCUGUCCCCUCUAAACCUCCCUGUCUGUCCAUCAAAUCCCUGCCUCACCCCCUGUCCCCUCUAAACCUCCCUGUCUGUCCAUCAAAUCCCUGCCUCACCCCCUGUCCCCUCUAAACCUCCCUGUCUGUCCAUCAAAUCCCUGCCUCACCCCCUGCUGUCCCCUCUCAUUGUUCUGUGUUUGCUCACCUCUGGGCCUAUAGACUGAGUGCUCUGUUUCAAGGGUUCUCUGUUCUCACUGUGAUUAUACUGCCCUCAACCCUUCAUCCCGGACGUGCCGUCAUUACUGUCACAUCAUCCCUGUAACCCGUGACGGUGAUGACGCGAAUGUGACGACACAAAGGUUGUAGGUGGCGGCGUUCCCGCCAGGAAGGAGAGUAUACGUGCUGUUACGGCACACGGACCCAAAAAUAACGACUUCUAGAUGAGCAGAACAUAUGAAUGUUUACGAGACGUUAGGGGAUUUUUGUGAACAUUUGGUGUGUGACUAUUUGUAUACCGUAGACAAGUUAAUAAUAAAAACCAUUGCUGUCUUCAGUGAA